UGGCAGCACUGAACCCCAACAGCAUUAACAAGCAACAAGCUGUGUGUGUGUGUGUGUGUGUGUGUGUGUGUGUGUGUGUGUGUGUGUGUGCGUGUGUGCGUGCGUGUGUGUAGGUAUUAUGGUCAUUGUGUGUUCCAUUGUACAUGUGUCAAUCAACUGGCCACAUAUGGCCAGUUGGUUGACAAUGUACAAUGGGACACUGCAUCUGUGAAAGUACAUUCACAAUGUACGCGUUCACAAACUGCAAUGAAUUUGUUACUUAAUAUGUGUUAGAGAAUGCGUGUGACUAUCUCACAGACUGCUCAAAAAGGCCUGUUUUAGUUUAUAAUACAAAAGAAAUGGCAGCACUGGACUCCAGUAUCCAACAAAAACCAGACAAGAGAAUAAUAGGAUUUGAGUGUGAGUUUGUGGAACCUCCACCAGAACAAUUCGUCCAGUUAGAGUGUCCAGUUUGUCUCCAGAUCAUUCGAGAGCCCCACCAGGUCACAUGCUGUGGAAAGAAAUUUUGCCAAGCUUGUAUUGAGCACAUCAGAGCAAUGCAAAAGCCGUGCCCAACUUGCAACAAGGAGUUUUCCAAUUUUCCCGACAAAGCUUUGAAAAUAUCGCUCUAUGGGUUGAAAGUUCGCUGUAGCCACCAGAAUAACGGGUGUGAGUGGACGGGGGAACUGAGACAGUUUGAUGAGCACCUUAACACAGAUUCACAGCCAGAGAAACAACUCGAUGGAUGCCAGUUCGUCAAAAUAGAUUGUAUCUAUAAUUGUGGAAACCACCAGCAGCGAAGGUACAUUCAAAACCACCGAAUUAAGGAUUGCCCCAAACGAUUAUUCGAUUGUGAGCACUGCCAAGAUUACAAGUCUACCUAUGAUGAUGUCACCAACAACCACUGGCCUGUGUGUGGGUCCUUCCCUGUCCCCUGCCCUAAACAGUGUGGUUCAACAAUCCAACGUCAGAAUAUAGACAGCCAUGUUGCUGAUGAGUGCCCCCUGACCACCAUCAACUGUGACUUCCACCACAUAGGCUGUGCUGUGAAACUCCCUCGACAAGACAUGCCAGAACACCUGAGAGAGAACCUACUCACACACAUCUCUCUAUUGGCCACCAGUCAUGCCAAGCAACAAGACAAAAUCACAAGUCUGGAAGCUGAAAAUAGAAUACUUAAAACAAAAAUUAACGAGUUGGAACCAAUGCUCAGGACUGCACCUCCCAUCGUGAACUCUAGACCUUAUGGUGCCCCUGUCCUUAUAAUGACGAACUACCAACGGCACAAGAGAGAUGACGACCGCUGGUACUCCCCUCCAGUCUACACCCAUCAUCAGGGCUACAAGAUCUGUCUCUGUGUGUACGCUAACGGCUGCAACACUGGUAAAGGAACACACGUCUCUGUGUUUGUGCACUUCAUGAGAGGAGAGUUUGACGAUUCUCUGAAAUGGCCGUUUCGUGGUGUGAUUUCAUAUCAACUACUGGACCAGGUCAAUGGAGAGGAUCAUAAAACUAGCACAGAAUUCUACAACGACAAAGUACAAAAUAAAUACUGUACCGGAAGAGUGACAGAGGGAGAGAGGGGAGGGGGGUGGGGGGAACCAAAGUUCAUUGCUCACUCUGAACUGGAGCCCAAGUAUUUACGAAACGACACCCUUUUCUUCCAAAUACACUAUUAUAAGUAG